ACGAGGCCCCACUAUAGCAAGGCUGCCUGCCGUCAUCCACGGCAACAGCUACCCCGCGACCUUGAUCAUUGUUCAACACUACGUUCUGAACCCUUGAGCAACUUCACUACACAGCCUGGCUCACUGAUUGCCUCGCCAGUCAGUCAGGGCAUCUGGCGCACACCUCCUUCAGCAAGGCCAGGGCAGAACAUCUAUCGGGAGUGCAGACACAGUCACCAUGGCGCAGACAAAGGCUCUCAAUGCUCUGGAGCCUUUUAUGGCCCUGACAAAGUCAGCGAGCGCACCUCGCGCGGCGGCCGACCUUAUAACACAAGCGACCUCAAACCCGAAUACCUUCGUAUUUGCCGAAUUACUCCACGCUCCCCAGAUUCAGGCUCUUGCCGAGUCUUCAGAGUACUCGUCACAUUUGAAACUGCUCGAGAUCUUCUCCUACGGCACAUAUCACGACCAUACAUCAGCCACCGACCUUCCAGCGCUGAAUGAGCAGCAGAUCCGCAAGCUCCGGCAGCUCUCCCUGCUCACCCUGGCGAAGAGCCCCCACAACCUGAGCUACGCCUCACUCCAGCGUGAGCUCGGCAUCACCGACGACCGAACCCUCGAAGAGCUUGUUAUAAGUGCAAUCUACGCGGGGCUUCUGGAUGCACAACUCGACGCGCGGAACAGAACGGUGCACAUCAGCUCAGUCUCCCCCCUGCGCGACCUCGCACCAGGUGCCAUCCCCAGUGUCCUCGACUCGUUGUCGACGUGGUCCGCACGCUGUGGCAGCACUUUGGACGAGCUCGAGACCGAGAUAGCCUCCAUCAAGGCCACAGCAGCCCAGCGUCAUGCAGACAAGAAGGCUUGGGCAGCCGUGGAGGAGAAGCUCGCCCAGGACGUCCGGACGGAAGACCAGGGCUACGUCCACGGCCGAAACCAGCCCAACAUGAUAAACCGUGCCGUCCAGCAUCUCCGCGGUCAGCGCUACGGGAAGCGCGGGAGUGUCGAGGCGAAUGUUGGUGAUGAGGACGAGGAGCCCAUGGACGUGGACGACGAGGACGUCUAUGAUGAGGGAGAUGCCAAUGGAAACGGCAAGAAACGGGCCAGUCGCCGAAAGCUCUAGGGAAGCGGCGACCCUCCAGGCAAACGACCCAAAAGUGAAAUCUCGAGCAAUGAGAUUUCCCCUCAAGAUCCAACCUUCGAC